CCCACGGAAACGAUUCCUUUCCGGGAGGCAACCCGCGGCCACACGCAGAAGACCCGCAGGCUGUGGACGGAGCCACUCCUGAAAGGCUGAUGCCGGGGACUGGCAGCGAUUGGCUGCCGCAGAGUCGGGGCGGGCCCUGCCGACGGGGAAGGCACCUGCGGAGCCUCUCGGAGAAGGAAGGUUCCGGCUGCUGACUGUCGCAGCGGAAGGUCACGGUCCACGGCGCGGUUGGCCCUAGAGGCAGAGCCGGAAGCUGCACAGUUAGACUUCCGAGCCCCCCGUUUCCAGAGGGGCAGCCCUCUUCCGCCCGACCUGCUCCGCCUCCGCUUCUCGCCCCUCAUCCGGAGGCCGCAGCCCUCAGUGUAGGCGGGGCGGCGCAGCGCGAGCUCCAGGACCCGGAAGAAGCGCCAUCUGCCGCCUCCGCCAUGGAGCCCACCGCACUGUCCCUCACCGAGGAGGACCUGACAGAAGUGAAGAAGGACGCUUUAGAAAAUUUGCGUGUAUACCUGUGUGAAAAAAUCAUAGCUGAGAGACAUUUUGAUCAUCUACGUGCAAAAAAAAUACUUAGUAGAGAAGACACUGAAGAAAUUUCUUGCCGAACAUCAAGUAGAAAAAGAGCUGGAAAAUUGUUAGACUACUUACAAGAAAACCCUAAAGGACUAGAUACCCUGGUUGAAUCUAUUCGACGAGAAAAAACACAGAACUUCCUGAUACAGAAGAUUACAGAUGAAGUGCUAAAACUUCGAAAUAUAAAACUAGAACAUCUGAAAGGGCUGAAAUGUAGCAGCUGUGAGCCUUUUCCAGAUGGAGCCACAAACAACCUCUCUAGAUCAAAUUCAGAUGAGAUUAAUUUCUCUGAAAAACUGAGAGCAUCCACUGUUAUGUACCAUCCAGAAGGAGAAUCCAGCACAGCCCCCUUUUUUUCUACUGAUUCUUCUCUGAAUUUGCCUGUUCUAGAAGUAGGCAGAACUGAAAAUCCUACCUUUUCUUCCACUACGCUUCCCCGGCCUGGGGACCCUGGGGCUCCUCCUUUGCCACCGGAGCUGCAGUUGGAAGAAGGAACUUGUGGAAACUCUAGUGAGAUGUUUCUUCCCUUAAGGUCACGUGCUCUUUCACGACAAUGACAGUUGCAGUUUUUUAAAUGACAAAAUAUGUUUGAAAGGAUAUGAAUCUUUUUAUAAAAAUUGCUAAACUGACUUAAUAACAUCCGAUACAUGUCUUUUAAAAUGUAAUGUAAGCACGCUUUGUAAAUAGACUCUUUUGGAAUAAAAGCAUACUUUCAGAUAGCUGAAGUAACUCAUGUCAAUCAUGUAUUUUUCAGUAUUUUCUGUUUUUUUUUUUUUUUUCAUUUUUGAGGUAUUUAGUAUUUUCACAUUUUUUAUGUUUUAAGACUAAUUUUAAUAGGGAACAUUUCUGUGUUUGAGGAUAGAGCUGGGAAUAAUGUUUUUUCUCAGUGCAUUUGUGCUAAAAAUUUUUAGGAUUAAGCUGUUUCUAUUUGAUAAUAAAGCCAGUCACUGAUGGGAAAACUGCCAGCGUACUGGAAAAAAUCUCUUUCCCACUCAGUUUGGCUUAUAGACACUUCCAGAGUCCCCUUCUCAUGCAGAGGAACAUCGGAUGCAGUGUGAGCCCCUAAGAUCUCAAUUUGCCAAGAUAUAUUUCUUAUUAUCUUUAAUAAAUGCUACUUCCUUAAGAUUUUCACAUUCUUUGCUUUAUCAUUUUCAUUCCUAAAGAAAAAUCUUGGCAAAAACUUGUUACUACUUGUCAUUUGAUGAGAUUUUUAAAAAUAAUUUUGCUGUACUUUUCAGUGUUUUUUUUAAUGAAGACCACUAUACAAGUUGAAUUAACUAGAACAAAAUUUUGUAUGCUUGUGUAUGUGACAAUUCUGUUUUUAAUACUACUUGGAUUAAGAAUCCUAUUAGCUAGAUUUGUCUUUUUGUUACGUAACAAAGUUUGACUAAUUGUAUGCAUUUAUAAAUUAUGUUCUCAUGUGUUCAUUUAAAUUAUAAUUCUAACUGAUAUCCAUCUAUUUCCACUACUUGCAAAAAGCAAAGAUGGAAAUAUGCUAUUAACAAUAAAAAGUUUUAAAUUGUGGUGCUAUAUUUUGGAAGCUUCAGACUUUUUAAUAGGAAGUAAAUAUCUAAAACAUAACUCGUUUUUAUAGAAAACAUUUCAAGUUGUAAAAUCAAGUUGCCAUUCUGGAUAAACUGGUGAAUUUAUUGAUCACGAAGAGGAUUGGCAUAUCAGUUUUAAAAAUUUUUUUAAGACUGGAUGAAUUUUUGUAGUAUAAAUAUUUUCUAAGGAUUAUGGAGAAACACGUUUUACCUCCAAUGUAGCAUAUGAAAAUAAUGACAUUUCAUUUCAAGUGGGAGUAGGGUUUCCAUUUCAUUAAUUAAAAUAAAAUUUGAUAUGCAGUUACUUUUUUCUAUUUAAAUAGGACUUAUUCAGAAACAAAGAUAUUUAGAUAUGCUGUAGCCCGUAUAUUUAUAGUUAAUAACAUGAAGUUUUCUUUCAGACUGUUGAAUAACUACAUAGACAAUAAAAUUAAGGUUUUAACAGA